UUCACAAUUGACACUUUAUAUAUGAAUUUUGAAUACAUAAAAGCUUUUUUCCAAUAGGCAAGCUAGCCAUGGCUUUCUCGCAAGGAAUGCAAUUGCAACUACAACCCAUCAUCGUGAUUCUAGUACUAGUACAAGUAGUAGUGGUGGUGAUAUUUUCAUUAUCAGCAGCAACAAAAGCAGCACCACCAACAGAAGCAGAUUUGAAGAAUCAUGGCUGCAUGAACCGUUGCGGGAAUUUAAACAUCCCAUACCCAUUCGGCGUGAAAGAGAAUUGUUAUCUCGGCGAAGAUUUCUUCAUUAAUUGCAGCGAUUCCCAGCCAUAUUUAUGGCAUAGCAAUCUCCAUGUUACAAAUAUAUCGCUUGACGAGGGUGAGUUAGGCGUCAUGAAUUACAUAUCUCGUAAUUGUUACGACCUGUUAGGUACAUUACAGAGCAACAUUUAUGCAUUGCUCAACACGGCCAAUUUCUCCAUUAGUACGAAGAACAAGUUCACUACUAUUGGUUGUGACACAUAUGGGUAUCUCCAAAUUUUUGAAAACAACAGUUUCGCUUUUGCAACUGGGUGUGUGUCAAGUUGUAUGAACAUCUCCUACGUUCCUGAUGAUGGAUCUUGCUCUGGAAUUGGUUGCUGUCAGACCUCCAUGCCAAAACGACUCAGCCAUAUCGAAAUCAAUGCACAUAGCUUCAACAAUCAUACAAAUGUAUCGGACUUCAAUCCCUGCAGCUAUGCCUUUGUUGUCGAAGAAGCUGCGUUUAAUUUCUCCAAAACUUACCUCCAAAAUUUUACAGAAGACAUGGUGCCGUUGGUGCUUGAUUGGGGAAUAUGGGAUAAUGAGACAUGCGAUGAAGCUAAGAGAAAUUUGACUAGUUAUGCAUGUGGAGAUCAUAGUGAUUGUUAUAGUGCAGAAAUUGGUCAUGGGUAUCUCUGCAAGUGUUCCAAUGGUUACAAAGGGAACGCGUACCUCUCAGAUGGUUGCAAAGACAUAGAUGAGUGUGCAGAUCCAAAUCUCAACCAGUGUGUAGAGGAAAGCAAAUGCUUAAACACGCCUGGGGAUUAUACGUGCUCUUGCCCCAAGAGAUAUCACGGUGAUGGCAGAACGGAUGGAACACGUUGCAUUGCUGGUCGAGUUCUUGUGCUUCAGAUUGUGAUUGGUGUUGCCAUUGGUGCUUUGACAGUUUUGGUGAGUAGCUCUUGGUUGUAUUGGAUUUUCAACAAAAGAAAGCACAUGAAACUUAAAGAAAAGUUCUUCAAGCAGAAUGGUGGAUUAAUGUUGAAACAACAACUCUCUAGACUAGAGAGACCGACUCGAGAAGUGGUCAAAAUCUUUACUUUAGAAGAGCUCAAGCGGGCUACCAACAACUACGAUGACAAUAGAAUUGUUGGCAGUGGAGGUUUUGGAACAGUUUAUAGGGGAAUUCUAGCAGAUAACACGACAGUGGCCAUCAAAAAAUCGCAAAUUAUGAAUCAAAGUCAAAUAGAGCAAUUCAUCAAUGAGGUGGUUGUGCUUUCACAGAUCAAUCAUAGGAAUGUGGUCAAACUCUUAGGUUGUUGUUUGGAAACUCAAGUCCCUUUACUCGUCUAUGAAUUCAUCACUAAUGGCACUCUCUUUGAGCAUAUACAUAACCACUUCAAGGCGUCUAUAUCAUGGGAAAAUCGUUUGCGAAUAGCUGCUGAAACUGCUGGAGUAUUGUCAUAUUUGCACUCUGCAGCAUCGAUUCCUAUUAUUCAUAGAGAUGUUAAGUCUACGAAUAUACUCUUAGACGAUAACUACACUGCAAAAGUGUCAGACUUUGGAGCAUCAAGGUUGGUUCCACUAGACCAAGAUCAAUUAGCAACGGUGAUGCAAGGAACUCUUGGAUACUUGGACCCUGAGUACAUGCUCACAAACCAAUUGACAGAAAAAAGUGAUGUUUACAGCUUCGGAGUAGUCCUUGUGGAGGUAAUAACUGGAAAGAAGGUUUUGUCAUUUGACAAGCCAGAGAAGGAGAGGAGUCUAGCUAGGUAUUUUCUUUCGUGUAUGAAAAAUGAUCGGUUGUUCCAUGUUAUUGAUGAACAAAUAGAAAUUGAAGGAAUUGUUGAGGAGCUCAUAGAAGUAGCUAAUAUUGCAAAGAGGUGCUUAAUAGUAAAAGGAGAGGAGAGGCCUACUAUGAAGGAAGUAGCAAUGGAAUUGGAGGGGUUGAUCAACAAAAAGAUGAAGCAUCCAUGGGUUAAAAUUGAUUUGAAUGGUGAAGAGAGUGAGCACGUGCUUGGUGGGAAGUUAUCUGAUGUAGCCAAGGCCUGCCCAGUAGUAGAUUGA